AUGAAGGUCAAGAUUGUCGGCGGCAAAAACAACUUCUGGCUCUGGACCAAGAAGGAUGGCUUCGACCUUACCCACCCGCCAAGUCCAGAUUCACCGCCCAUCUACCCCCGAAUCACUCUCAACACGCGUGCUGAGAAAGCUACCAUCGACCCUGCAAAGACUGCUCUGGCCGUCAUCGACAUGCAGAACUAUUUCCUUUCGCCUCUUCUUGGUCGUCCGCCCCAAAGUCCUGGUCUGGAGAUCGUCGAAAAGCUCGUUAAGGACAUCAUUCCGGUUUGUCGCAAAGCUGGCAUACCAGUUGUGUGGCUUGGCUGGGGUGUGAAAGACAGUGACCUGGAUGACAUGCCCCCAAGCAUCGCAAGAGGAUUCGACUUUCCUCUCGACAAGAACUUUAUCAAACCCACAUUCCUGGGAAGUAUUGGCGCUGGAAUUGGACAAGUCAAGUGCGAGGACGGAACACUCAUCGACGCGGGUCGAGUCAUGAUGCGAGAUCAGUGGAACACCGAGUUCCAUCCCAGUCUGAAGAGAAUCGCAGAGCCGCAAGACAUUCACAUCGACAAGAAUCGACUUUCAGGGUUUCGGAGAGGUACUGGCAUCGAAGAAGAACUGCGUAAGCGAGGUAUCAGAACUUUGCUGUUUACGGGGGAGAACACGGAUCAGUGUGUCGCUGGGACCAUUCAAGACGCUUACACGAAGGGUUGGGAUUGCCUGAUGCUGAGCGAUGCUUGUGCAACGACAAGUCCUGACUUUGCCAAGAAGUGCACUGAAUAUAACUGCGAAGGAGGCUGGGGUUUUGUGCUGAGCUGCAAAGACUUGACUGAUGGCGUGGAUGCCAUUGAUCGAGGAGCUUAG